CGACAUCCAAUGCAUACUUAUAGCACAUUUUAGCUCGUCGAAAAUAUGGGCUAACAAAUUGCCCCCAAAAAAUGUCUGCUUCGACUCGAGAUCGAAGAAAGAUGAGAAGUUGACAUUUUUUCUCUUCUUCUAACAGUUUCCCUGGAACGACGUCAUGAUCGCACGUUCACUGUGUAACCGUCGCCUCGAUCUCCAUUACCCAUCAUUAAUUCCACCUUUCUAGGCAGAGUGGGACACGUGUCACGCUGGGGAGUAAAAAGGGAAAUCUGAUGUGAUUGAUUUCUGACCCUUGAUUCUUAUUAUAUUAUUUUCCCUUUUUUAAAGUAAAAACCUCCAUAAAUAGCGCCAAAAAACCUCAGAGAAACCCCUUCAUCUUCUUUGCUUCCUAAACCCCGAAACCUUUCUUCUUCUCUGCUUCUGAAACCCUUCUUCUUCUUCCUUGUUUCCAUUAUUUCCGGCGAAACCUUCCUAUUUCCAGAUAAUCGUUAUUCCUCUCAUCAUCAAACUCACCGAAUCUCUGAGUUCUGCCAUUGUUCUCCGUGAACCCAAGCUCUCACUCACUGAUUCUAUCAGCUACCCAACCCUUCACGAGAAAAUCAUCCUUUUUCAGAUUUCUCACAAUGUCGCAAGGCCAAGCAGUUCCGUUUGCUGGGAAAUGGCACCGUUUUACAGUCAGGAACGACGGAGAGAAGGUGGUUCCAGAACCACAAGGUGACGCCGAACACACAGAAAUCUGGGAAUCGGAGGUGAUGAUCCCUUUCGCAGUGGAAAGGACAGUUUACGCUUUCGGUGGACCUCUGCCAGACCAAGAGUCACUCUCGAGUUCAAUGAACAAGGUAUUCCCCUGCUACCCAACUUGCGAACCUAGGAUUUUUGAUAGUGAGCCUUACAACUUCAACUGUUUAAGCAAACCCCACAAACUCUUUCGAUCCGCCCCGUCAAUAGCCCAUAGGGAUUACAUACCUUGGCUUGAUCGAGUCGAACAAGCGUAUGAGGAUUUCUGGAAGACAUAUGGCAUAUUUGACUUAAUACAAUUCUCUCGAUUUGGUCCUGAAUAUCGACCAGAAAUGCUGAUAGCAGCUAUGCAUUUUUUCGAGUCUUCUACCAACACCUUUCAAUUUAAAUGUGGUAUGAUGACCCCCACUCUCUUAGACGUAGCCGCUCUCACAGGCCUUAGGCCUAACGGAGAAACUUAUGAUCCCACUAAAUCUAGUGAUAAUAUUAAGCUAGUAUAUAAGGAGAACACCUUUUCCAAAUAUAUAGCUGAACACAAAGGAUCGGUCGAAGAGGAAGUCUCUGAUGAAGAGCAUGUAGCCUUCUUGACCCUAUGGCUAUCUCACUACGUCUUUUGCACAAAAUCCUUGCAAGUAGCCAAAAGAUUUAUUCCAAUGGCAAUACAAAUUCAUGAAGGUCAGAGCUUUGGAUUUGGACGCCUCUUGUUAGCAGUACUAUACGAAUCGCUUGGUGAGGCAUGCGAUGACCUGAAGAAAUCGAAGGAUGGGUCUUCCUUCUUAGUAUCUGGGCCUAUGUGGCUUCUCCAGUUGUGGCUUAAUGCCACUUUCGAACAAGAAAUGGGAUUAAUAAUCCCACAAGAUUAUGCUGAAGAAGUUGCCAAUCGCUCGAUCGAAGGCCAGAGAGCACUUCGAUUAACACCCAAGACCUUCGAUCAAAACCCACAAAAGCUGUUCCUCAAGUACAUGAAGAUUUUUCUGAGUUUUGACAAGUUUCUUCCCCAACAUGCUCCAUUCAUUAGUCGAGAGGUCGGCCCGGCCUGGUUCACUGACGAUUUUCCUGCUGUCGAUCCGGACAAUGAAGAAGAAGUGAAUGAAAUAUGGUCAUUUUACUUGAAUCCACAGAUCCUGUCCUGUCGUACAGGUGUUCAAUCGAACUAUUUAGGCCUGGUUGGAUACCAGCCUAAUUUGGUUUCAAGACAAUUUGGCCUCUCGCAGAUCCGUCCCAAAAGCUUGUUCGAAGAUCCUAGAGACGUCAUAAGAGGGGCCAAUCUUUCAGAAAAGACUUUCAAGAAAUUUUUGAAGAUUUCUCUUGAUGAAAACUAUAACCUGCAUCCUUUUGAGUUCAACCAUUCCCACUUCUGCACCAUGGGAUUUGUUACCUGGUGGGAGAAAUAUUAUUCGGGCCGUUCGGUUGGAGACACAACUAUCAUGAUCUCCAGACUUGAGAGUGGUUUUACACAACCAACGGUCGAGAAUAUCCGCUCAAACCUUCAAGCUCGAGGCAAAACAAUCAUGACAAAGAAAAUUGCUGAAACGUCUCGAGCUGAUGUGAGACCCAAGAAACCCACUGGGGUGAAGAUCCAAGAAUGGAAACAAGAAGAGAAGAAUCAUAAGAAAGAUGAUAGCACCGAGACUACCACGACCUCAAAACGCUCGAAGCGUGUGGUCAUCGAAUUCGACGAAGAAAAAGAUGAAGAAGAGGAAAGACCUCUUGUAAGAAAAAGAAAAUCACCUGAGACUUCGACCAAAUCUGCUGACCAAACAGAGGCAGGCGAUUCCCAGGCUCAAAUGCCUAAGAAGAAAAAGAAAGUGAAGCAGAUCGAGCCUGAACCUUCUGUGACGGUCGAGGGUGGUGAGCCAGUCAGGAAGAAAAAGAAGAAGACCAAGUCUUCAAAAGAACAAGGUGAGAAUCAACCUGUUGACGUCCAACCACCUUCGACUGAUGUUGGCGGCGCUGAAACAGAAACUAUUCCCUCUAUUGCUGAGAUGGGCAACCUUGUCGAACAACCGGACUUACCACAAGAACACCCUACCGUCGAGGUACAACAAAAUGUUUCUGUAGAAGAAAUACCCUCAUGUGCUCGAACCUCUCCUGCUCCUGAGACGGAUGCAGUGAAUGUUGAGGAACAGGGUGAAGGUCAAGGUAUUGGACCCAGCAGUCCUCAGGGAUCGAGUCAGAGAAGUUCAUCUGAAGAACACUUUUCCGAUGAAGAGGCCAUACAAGAGGCUGAAGCUGGAGGUUCAGACAUUUUCCCAGCGUCUUCGACAUCUAAGCUUUCCGCUAGCAUAGGGAUCGCAGAGGAUACAUUCAUUCAAAUGCAAGACGAAGACCCUGCUGCAGCCCUUCGACUCCUGCUGAACACCAGUCAAGCCAACACCUCAAGUGAAAAGAAUCCUGGUGCUUCGUCCUCAUCUGAUGCUGAUAUAACCUCUACAGUACGCCAAGAUUGCCUGCUUUUGAAGUUAUCAAUGGAAUACGCACGGGCAGACGUACUUAAAUCCAUUGAAGAGAACCCUUCUGCUGCUUUUGGGCACCUGAACUUUUUGAAGAAAUUGCAUAACCCCCUUACUUCUGAUGAGAUUCUGGGCAAAGUUAUACAAAUCGAGUCCAUUAUCGAUCAAUUUGCAAAUACUGUGCAGAAAAAACGCGAAAAUGGCGCCAGACUCGAUGCCCAGAAACAGGCACAUAUCCUUCUGCUCGAGAAAGCCCGAGCGGCUCAAUGUGAAGUCGAGCGUCUCACCAAAGAGGCGAAAGAAGGAUCUUCUGAGAUCAAAGCCUGUGAUGAUAACAUCUCCUCCUGGGAGGCAACUAUUACAAAUUUGCUGUCUCAGGUCGAUGAUCUAAGGCAGAAAAUUGUAACAGAGCAGGCCAAACGCAAAGAACUCCAGGAGAAGGCUGCUGAUUCGAUUCAGAAGCUGGUUGCCGAAAAAGGGAGGGAAGGCCUGAAGGCCUUUAGUGCAUCUCAAGCGGUAGCAGAUGAGGCGAGAGCUAUGGAGAGUGCUGACCAGGUUUUGAGCAAAGAGAUGGCCACCUUGAAGAAACUAUAUGAGGACUUAGUCAUGCAUUAG